AUGACAGCCAUUUUCAUAUUAAGAUCUUCUCUUAAGGUAAUUGAGCAGGCAAAUACCAUGCUCAAUCGUAUGGAGCACCGAGGAGCAUGCGGAUGCGACGACGAGACGGGGGAUGGAGCUGGUGUAAUGACUGGAAUACCCUAUGAGCUCUACGAACGCUUUGCUAGAGAGGCAGGUGUAACACUACCGACACUAGGUGAAUUUGCUGUGGGGAUGUUCUUCGUCAACGGGAAGGACAAGGUAGAGGAGGCAAUGAAUCGAUUCGCCAAAUAUGCUGACGAGUGCGAAAUGCGGGUUCUGUUCUGGCGCAAGGCAGACGUCAACAACUCGCAAAUUGGAGUAGUUGCAGCCUCAGCAGAACCGGUUACGGUUCAGGUCUUCGUCGAAUCAAGUAGGAAGGAGGAAGACUUCAAAAACAUGAAAUUUAUCUGCAAAGUAUUCUUUCUUCGGAAAUAUGCUUCACAUGGAUUUGAAAAGGAUGAGAUCGCCUAUAUAUGCAGUCUGUCGCCGAAUACUGUGGUUUACAAGGGGAUGUUUACGAGUCGCCAACUAUGGGACUAUUUUGAGGAUCUUCAGUCGCCCGACUUUAAGACUCAUUUCGCGAUCGUGCAUAAUCGCUUCUCGACUAACACCUUUCCUUCGUGGUCCCGGGCUCAUCCGCAACGCAUGAUGGCGCAUAAUGGUGAAAUUAACACACUCCGAGGUAAUGUGAACUAUGCACGAGCGCGUCAGGCACUAAUGGAAAGCACACGGUUUGGAGAGAGGCUUAAACAGCUUUUUCCAAUCAUUGAGAACGGCAUGUCGGACUCAGGGUGCUUUGACAAUCUUUUGGAGUUCCUGUGCUACUGUAGCACACGGUCCCUGCCCGAAGUGGUAAUCUCUAUGAUUCCCGAGGCCUGGCAAGCCGACGAGGCCAUGCCUCAGCAAAAACGCUACUUUUACAAGUGGGCUGCCAGCUUCCUUGAACCUUGGGAUGGUCCCGCACUGGUCGUUUUCUCCGACGGUCGGUACAUCGGCGCUAUUCUAGACAGAAAUGGUCUGCGUCCCGCACGCUACUACACUACUACCGAUGGCAUGAUCUAUAUGUCCUCUGAGGUCGGUGUAGUCGAUCUACCUGAUGUGGUUGGUGUCAAGGCUAAAUGCCGAUUAAAGCCGGGUCGUUUGCUCAUCGUGGACACGCAAGCUGGCGAGUUGCUCAAUGACGAGCAGUUGAAGCAGGACAUUGCUUCUCACUACCCAAUUUUUGAGUGGGUUCAUAAAGGAGUGAGUAUCUUCCUAUUUAUUCACUACAAAUUUCCGGUCAAUAAGAAUUUAGGUGGAAGCGCAUCUUCUAUUGUCUCAUCAAAUUUGAGCUAA